AAACCGUAGAUGGUACACUAUAGUCUAUUCUCAUCAGGAUGAAAACGCUUUAUCGGAAAUUCGUGCUAGAUUUAUAUAGGCGGGGCUUAAUUGUAAAAUCAAAAUGGCGACCAAGGAAGUAACACUGUACUACUUCCCAUGUUCUUACUAUUCUAUGAGGGUGUUGUUGGCAUUACAAGAGAAGAACAUUCAGUUUAAAGAGCGAAUUAUAAACUUAAUAGCAGGUGAACAGAAUGAGAGUUGGUUCCUUAAGAUUAACCGAAACGGAGAGAUUCCCGUCUUGGAACUAAAUGGCGAAUACAUCUCAGAGUCUGACCUUAUCGUGGACGUCAUCGAUCAUACAUUUCCUUCCGGAUCUCCCCUCGUUCCAAAUUUGGAGACAAAGAUUGGACAGGAAGUGCGAGAAUUCCGAAUGCUACUUGACAAUGUAGACAUUAGCACUAUAAUGUUUGGUGUUUUAGCCAACAGGAAGUUCUGUGUAAACGAAUUACCACCAUCAGAGAUGGUCUCUCUUGAUAGAAAGGGUAUUGAACGAUAUUUUGAAAGUUGUGAAUCUACGCUUGAACAAAAGAAACAAUCUUGUUCACCGGACGAAGUACCUGUCUUUGAGCGGAAAUUGGAGAAAAUCAGAAAUAAAUCAGAAGCUGUUUGUAAUGAAUCUGUGAUUUCUGAAAGACUAGAUGACUUAGAGCGUGUCUUUGAUCAAGUGGAGGAACGUCUUGAACAAUCAAAGCGAGACGCCGGGGAGUCACAGGAAUACUGGUUGGUUGGGAGAAACUUCACGGCAGCCGACAUUACAGCUAUUGUCCUGAUGUACAAACUUCACGUGAUCGCCAUUGCCGCCCGCUACUUCUCUAGCGAAAAACGAACAAUUGUGCACGAAUAUUACAACAGGCUCAUGCAAAGACCAUCUGUUCAAACAAGUAUUGCUACGGAUAACAGCGCUACAUCUUAUUUACAAAAACAAAUGUUGAAAUCGUUCGGAAAGAAGGCCCUUAAAGUCGCCGUUAUUGUUGGGUUAGUUGCAAUAUGCUUUGCCGGAUUAAGGGAAUACUCUAAAAUACAUAGAGGCCUUUGAAAGGCGUAGGAUACAAAUGGCGGACAUUUUGAAUUAUGUUUCUAUAGCUUUAUUUAAUGUACCAUGUAACAAAUUAUCAAUAACAGAACUGUGGUUUUGAAGCAACUGUUUAUUUGUUAGUAACCGUUAUAAAUUCACGAAAUUAUGUAUAUUCUACAUGUUCUUAUACACAUCUAAAGAAUUUGCAGACAAAAGACACUGAAUCAAUGUCAGGAGAUGAUGACGCCAGUCAGACAGUAUUGACUAGAAUAAUAUAUGAACAUGUAUUAGUUUCUAUGUGCCAUAGUUGCAAAAUAGAUAUUUUUCUUAUUUUUCUUUGAUUUUCAAAAAAAUGCGGAAGCAGAAAAGAAGGACAGGUUGGACAGUAGUGCUGUUACUUGUUGGUUUUCAUAAAUGAACAAAUUUCACAGAUACAUCUUCAAAAGCUAUAGUGCGUGUACUUGCAUGUACACAUGUAAUACAAACUUAGUCAUCAAUAAUAUAUUGCUUGUCUUCAUUAUAUAGAUAAAUCUUUGGAAAAGGACAAGAUUGUUUUGUUUAAAGGUGACAUACAAUUGAAAUAUUUUUGCAAAAUGGUAAUUAAAAUGAUGCUAUUAAGUGACAAUUUUGAGGGGUUAGUUUUUAUGUUGCUGUUAUUGUUUAUUAACUAACACAUGUUUAUUUGGUUUAUUUUCGUAAUAAUGUAAUAUAUAUAAUAUAAUGUAUAUAUAUAUAUAGAUAUAUAACACAUCUUUGUAGGCUGGCCAUUAAAUUUGUUAAAUAUA